AUGUUUACAAACUCUCGAGAUUCAGAUUCCACGACAGCAUAUAAAUUUGAGUUCAUGGGAGAGGAUCAAAGUUCUAAGCAGUUCACAUGUGAUGGCAAUUUUCAGAUUCUACAGGGAAUUGUCACCAAGUUUUGUGGUGAUUAUGGCUUGAUUGAUGGAUUGAUCUACUUCAGCAGUGAUGUUGUGACUAGCAACAUGCCUCUAAAAGUUGGACAGAAUGUUAGUGCACUUGUGGAGGAAGAUAAAAUAUCCCACGAAUUGAAAAUAAUCAAAGUAGAUGCUCUCUGUGAUAACUGCCAUGAUGAUGAACAGUCAGACAUCUGUGGUAAAGUUCCACUCGACUCUCUUAAGUCGCUAAUGGAAUGUGCUGAAUAUAAUAGCCACACAACUUACUUCUCUCUGGAUGUUAUUUGUAAAGAUUUUGAGCCUUAUCAAGGUGACUGUGUAGAAGUGGAGUUUUCCAUCCAUCCAGAGACUCAGAGCAGAAAGGCCCUCUCAGUGAAGCCUCUGAGGCAUAAGCAUCUAUCUGAGGUCUGCAUUACCAACAUCCAGGGAAGAAAUGGGGUGAUAGGUGAUGAUAUCUUUUUCACCUUGGAUUCUCUGAAACUUCCUGAUGGAUAUACACCUCGAAUAGCUGAUGUUGUCAAUGUGAUCGUGGUAGAGAACAUUCUGUCCUGCUACCAUUGGAGAGCAAUUUCUAUCACCCUACUGAAAAGGGCUUAAAAAGGGAAACAUGGAAAUCUAUCAGGAGAGGUUAUGGGAUACGGAUUCUGGUGGUGGGAAUUGUGUGGACUUGUACCCCUUUUAUCCUAUGGUUAACGUCAGUGUUUCCAUUUUACAAAUAGUUUUUUUUAAAGGGGAAACAUUGAAUUAUCUAUGAAGUUUUUUUUUUCUCUAGGCAGAUUUAAAUGUAUUUUGAUUCUGAUUGAAAAUUAUUUUUGGAAAAAAAAUGUUUGACAAUUCUCAACAAUUACUUUAAACAAAACCUUUUAGGUGCUAUGUAUUUUGGCUAAAUGUAUUGUAUCUUCCAGAGACUGUUUAGCUUAGUUUUGUUUUUUUCAUUACUGAUUAAAGGUUUUUCAUCUUAACCUUAUUAGUCUUAUAUUCGUGAUUUUUAUUUUUAUAAUAAAUCUGUUGAUGUUUUCAUUGAUCUUUGUUCUCUGGGGGUUUUCUAAUCUUAAGAGUUUCUUUUUUUCUUUUUUCUUUUUUUUUCUAAUCUUAGAGUUUCUAAUCUAAGAAAUUAUUCUAGAACAACACAUCAUAGGUCUUUGUUAAUAUUCUGAGUUUGUGUUACAGAUCCAGUAGGAACAUUUAGUCACAAGUUAUAUAUAGCUCAUUAUCCUUUAGAUUGUAUUUAUUUUUAUUUUUUAUUUUUGCCACCAGAGUUAUCACUAGGAGUUAUACCAGCACUACAGAUUCAUUGCUCCAAACAACCGUUUUUCUUUUUGUUUUUCCUUUCUUAUUUGAUAGGAUAGAAAUAAAUUGGAGAGAGAGAGAGAGAGAGAGAGAUCCAUAGACCUGCUUCA